AGAGCGCGAUAGGCGGCUGCUAGGCUGCAGGGCGCUUCGACUCUCUUGACUCUCCCUGCACCCUUCUUGCUCAGGCUCCUCUCCUGUGCCCUCGGACUUCCAGUCUCUUGCUCCUCCGGCUUCCAAAGCCCCCUCCCUAUGGCAGCAGCCUCCCCUGUCUUUGGUGCUGCUCCUCCGAGGACCACCAUCUCACUCCCGGGACUGAGCUGGGUCACUGGAUGUUGUUGAAACUCCGGGGAUCAUGCGUCGGCUUGGCUGCUGCUUCCCCGCCUGGUGCCUCCGCUGCUGCCACCACCGCUGCUGCCGCUGUCCGCGGGAUGCUCAGUAGUCUGCUGCCGGGCCCCUGCGAUCCUGUGCUCUUUGGAAACCGUUUGCUGCUGCAGAGUUGCGCGAACUAGUCAUGGUGCUGUGGGAGUCCCCGCGGCAGGGCAGCAGCUGGACACUUUGCGAGGGCUUUUGCUGGCUGCUGCUGCUGCCGGUGAUGCUGCUCAUGGUAGUCCGACCGGUGAAGCUAGCAGCUUUCCCUACCUCCUUAAGUGACUGCCAAACGCCCACCGGCUGGAACUGCUCCGGUUAUGAUGACAGAGAAAAUGAUCUCUUCCUCUGUGACACCAACACCUGUAAAUUUGAUGGAGAGUGUUUAAGAAUUGGAGACACUGUGACUUGCGUUUGUCAGUUCAAGUGUAACAGUGACUAUGUGCCUGUGUGCGGCUCCAAUGGGGAGAGCUACCAGAAUGAGUGUUACCUGCGGCAGGCUGCAUGCAAACAGCAGAGUGAGAUACUUGUGGUGUCAGAAGGAUCAUGUGCCACAGAUGCCGGAUCAGGAUCUGGGGAUGGAGUCCAUGAAGGCUCAGGAGAAACCAGCCAAAAGGAGACAUCCACCUGUGAUAUUUGCCAGUUUGGUGCUGAAUGUGAUGAAGAUGCUGAGGAUGUCUGGUGUGUGUGCAACAUUGACUGCUCUCAAACCAACUUCAAUCCCCUCUGCGCUUCUGAUGGGAAAUCUUAUGAUAACGCAUGUCAAAUCAAAGAAGCGUCAUGUCAGAAACAGGAGAAAAUUGAAGUCAUGUCUUUGGGUCGAUGUCAAGAUAACACAACUACAACUACUAAAUCCGAAGAUGGGCAUUACGCAAGAACAGAUUAUGCAGAGAAUGCUAACAAAUUAGAGGAAAGUGCCAGAGAACACCACAUACCUUGUCCAGAACACUACAACGGUUUCUGCAUGCACGGGAAGUGCGAACAUUCCAUCAAUAUGCAGGAGCCAUCUUGCAGGUGUGAUGCUGGUUAUACUGGACAACACUGUGAAAAAAAGGACUACAGUGUUCUGUAUGUUGUUCCCGGUCCUGUGAGAUUUCAGUACGUCUUAAUUGCAGCUGUGAUUGGAACGAUUCAGAUUGCUGUCAUCUGUGUGGUGGUCCUCUGCAUCACAAGGAUCAAACUUUAGGUAGUGACACUGGACUAAAAUUUGUAAACUUUCCAACCUUCUAGGAAAUGCCCCAGAAGCAACAGAAUUCACAGACAGAAGCAAAAUACAGGACACUACAGUUCAGACAACACAACAAGAGCGUCCACGAGGUUAAUCUAAAGGGAGCAUGUUUCCACAGUGGCCAGACGACCGAGAGCUUGGACUACGCGAUACAGUAUUAUAGACAAAAGAAUAAGACAAGAGAUCUACACAUGUUGCCUUGCAUUUGUGGUAAUCUACACCAAUGAAAACAUGUACUACAGCUAUAUUUGAUUAUGUAUGGAUAUAUUUGAAAUAGUAUACAUUGUCCUGAUGUUUUUCUGUAAUGUAAAUAAACUAUUUAUAUCACACAAUAUAGUUUUUUUCUUUCCCAUGUAUUUGUUAUAUAUAAUAAAUACUCAGUGAUGAGAAAAAAAUGGCAUUCUUAAAUUUGCGGUAUCUCAUAGCUGUGAAUAUAAUCGCGCUAGUACAAUCUGUACAGGUGCCGGUAUUUCAUCUUUCCCCAUAUCUGGAGAUGGAGCAUUAGUUUAUACAGGAUUCACUGGCUAGGUUUUGAGUGAUUCCAAGAUCAAGGGAAAUGAUGGUUAUUGGCAAAGAGAAAAAAUAAUUUACUUUAUAUUGAGUAAGGAUAAAAUAUUUCAGAUCUUUAAAUCAUCUCUAUUUCAUCAACUUUCUUCCCUAGUCUUCCAUUUUCAUCCCCAGAGCGGAAAAUUCUCUGGCAUAUAAAUUAAAUCAAAGCAGAAGGGGGGUGGGAGUGUUUUAUAACUCAUAAAGGAGAGGAAAAGAAGAUAUUGGUUUUUAUUUGGGAAGUAGUUUAGAAUCUCCCAGUAAAGAAAAUAUAUCCAAAGGGUCCUUGAGCAAGGUACAUCUCAGAGUGGCAAAAUUUAUUCCAUCUAUGAGAGUGAAAUUAACAACCAGAGGAAAAAUUUAAUAAAGUCAUUAAUUUUGAAACAUCAAAAUCAUGAAUUCUUAGAAGCACUUUGCUAUGUUUAUAGUAUAUGGUUCUUUGGAAAGAAGUUAGGAUCACAACUAAAAUACUUCAUGUAUAGCUUUAUGGUUAAGAUGGGACCACUACUUAAGAUGAAACUAAGAUGAUGCUAAUAUUUCAUUAAAAGAGAGAAACUUGUUUUCAGCAUAUUUAUAUGAUGAGAUAAGAAAGGAAAUUCAUCCCACAGCAUUGGAAAAACCUUAGUGGGAAGUUGGUUUGGAUUUUUAUUUGUUCAAAGCAUACAAAUAGAUUUAAUCACUUUGUUUAUUAAAAAAAAAAAAAAAAACUGUGAAAAUUUCAAAUACUAGAUGAAACAAUAAGGUGGAAAUAACAGAUGAAAUAAUUGCCUUAUUAUCAUUUACGUCUGCGUUUCUUUUCAUGGCUAAUACAGCAAAUCUAAAUAAAGUUUUCUUUGUCUCCUUCAAA